AGACUUUGGCUUUUUAAAGAUCAGUGUGUGUGAUCGGUCUACAGAUCGUGGAAUCUUGCUGCACAGCACAAUGUCUACUGUCUUCAGACCAGUUUUGUUGCCUUUCAGACUAUCCUUUGAUCUUGCCGGUGCAAUGCAGAUUCAUUGCAGGCUUAAGUCUACGACAAGCAAGUUAAACUUACAAGCAGAAAGCAGCCACGGCAAAUACAAAUACAAAUGCAUCGAUGAUCUGCGGGGACCAAGUCUUGCAAACACAGCUUACUGGCUUUUUGUUAAGGAGUACGCAGAUAAGAGUCACGCUUUGCAGGUGGAGCACAAGAAGCUGUAUGGGCCGAUUUGGCGGUCAAAGUUCGGCCCCUUUGACGUGGUCAAUGUGGCAACGGCCGACCUGAUUGCACAGGUUAUCCGGCAGGAAGGGAAGUACCCUGUAAGGACCUACCUCCCACACUGGAAGGAGUACCGGGACAUGAGAGGACAAGCCUACGGCCUGCAUGUGGACAAGGGGACGGAGUGGUACCGAAUCCGCAGUGCUCUGAACCCCAAGAUGUUGAAGCUGCGGGAGGUGUCUGCGUACGCCCCCGUGGUGAACGAGGUGGUGACUGACCUCCUGCACAGGAUCUACCGGCUCCGGGAGCAGAGUCCCGAUGGGACUGCAGUCCAGAACCUGGCCGGGGAGCUCUACAAGUUUGGCUUUGAAGGGAUCUCGUCCAUCCUGUUCGAUGCCCGUCUCGGAUGCCUUGACGAGGAGAUUCCUGAGGACACACAGAAGUUCAUCCGGGCUGUGGGGGACAUGCUGGCUCUCUCUGAGACUGUCCUCUUCUUCCCCAAGUGGACUCGCUCCAUCCUGCCCUACUGGAAGAGAUUCGUCAGCUCCUGGGACGACAUCUCUGAUGUCGCAAAGAUGCUGAUCGACCGCAAGGUGAAGGAGAUUCACCAGAAAACAGAGAAAGGGGAGACUGUGGAGGGAAUGUACCUCACCUAUCUGCUGUCCAGUAAUAAACUUUCCCUGAGUGACAUCUAUACCAGUCUCACUGAACUGCUGUUGGGAGGAGUCGACACAACCUCGAACACAAUGUCCUGGACCCUGUACCACCUGGCCAGAGCCCCCGCUGUUCAGACCCGGCUGUAUCGUGAGAUUGCUGAAGUCUGCCCAGGGCGGCGCAUCCCCACUGCAGAACACCUGUCCCAGAUGCAUUACAUGAAGGCCGUCAUAAAAGAGACACUGAGGUUGUACCCUGUUGUGCCAGGAAAUGGUCGUCUGAUGGUAGACAAUGAAGUUAUACUGGACAACUAUUGGUUCCCACGACAGACGCAGUUCCACCUGUGCCACUACGCUGCGUCCCAUGAUGAGAGCAACUUCCCCGAGCCGGAGCAGUUUGUGCCGGAGCGCUGGUUGCGGGAUGGAUGCAAGUUCAGACACCACCCCUACAGCUCUAUCCCCUUUGGGGUCGGGGUGCGGGCCUGCGUGGGGAAGAGAGUGGCAGAGCUGGAGAUGUACUUCGCAUUGUCCAGGCUGAUGCAGCAUUUUGAGGUCCAGCCGGAGCCCAACGAUAGGGAGGUUCAGCCCCGAACACGCACCCUCAUGAUCCCUGGGGGCCCCAUCAACCUGCACUUCAUCUCGAGGGACUGAAGGGGGUGCCCACGUGCUCCAGGACAGCUGUCUGGGAUGAGCUGGCAAAGCAUGUCACACGUUAUAGAGUUUACAUUGGGGACAGUGUAUCUAGAGAGUGACUCAGACCAGUGUGAUGAAUACUGAAACUCAUUCUUAUUGAGAUACCCCACUGUUUCCUGUCUGUAUGCACUACUGUGUGCUGUGUACAUCUCUACAGCUAUCAGAACCACCUAGCAAAUUGGCAUUAAAUGUGCUUAUAAUUUAGGAUGUAAUUUUUUCAUGAUUAUUACAGAUUUCACGAUUUCCUUGAAAUGUACCCAUUGCUGUGUAAUAUGUAGUUCCCUGUGAAGAUCUCCAUUUCUGAAGGAAUAGUUUUGAAUAAAUAUAAUUUUAUCACUUCAAAAUAAAUACAGCAAACAUUUG